GCUGGAUGGUUUACAGCUGUUGCCGCUAGACGGUGACAACAGCUUCCUGUAAACAUUCAAAACCGCGCUGAGCUUGAAAGCUUGAUGAAGUAAUGUAUUUUACGAUGCAUUUAACCCAGGAAAGCUUGAUUGCGUGAAAUAUUCACUUCAGGCAAAUCACUAUGGACCAGAAUUACUUGAUCGUCGUAUCUAUAUUGGAAGGUCGAUACUUUCCGAGCCGUUCGAACUGCUCGUUGAUUGUAGAAGCCAAGUUCGACGGAGAAACGAUGACCACCGAUCCAGUUCCACACUCCUGCAAUCCAAACUUCAACACAGAGCUGGCGUGGUGUGUGGAUCGGAGGUCGUUGCAUUUACAUCGUAUGGGUAGAACACCCGUCAAGUUACAGUGCACAGCAGUGGACAACUCUGGCAAAACCGAAGUUUGCGGAUACUUGGUACUCGAGAUACGGAGCAUCCAGAAAGGAAAAAAGCUUGCAAAAUGGCUCCCCCUGUUGAACACCAAGUAUCACGGAUCAAAGCCUGAACUUCAAAUCGGUAUGCACUUGGAGAGUGAUUCUGUGGAGAACCCCCCCGUGAACGUCAACAAGGAUCGUGUGCUCGGACAGGUGGUUAACGCCGAGAGGACGAAAGUGCAACAGGGAUCACAGUCUUCAGAAGACACAGCGGAGGAACUCAUUCCGCGACUUAAUGUCGAAAACAGCUGCAUUGAAAUCGGACCAGCAUCUGCCAUUACGCAGUUGUACAUGUAUGGUGUCACGGUGUCAUUUGCAGCUAACCUCAACCAGCUUGUUGCAAAAAAUGAUAAGACAAAAUUGCAACCUCCUUACCAUUUCCUGUACCACCUGCUUGGACACGAGGUAACCACGGAGAACUUUGACAGCCUGUCCAAUCCAAAGUUUCCAGCCGAGAGGGCAUCUGUUAGGAUCUACAGCAGCCCCGAUAUCUUACAGAAGUAUUUCAGGGCUAACUCAUCACUCCAGAUCCUGCUCUGUUGUGUGGAUUCCAUCUUUGGAGAAGCAGUCAUUCCGCUGGAUCAGUUCAGCUCCGGAUCUGCAGUGCCAAAGUACCCAGCGCUGAUUGAGGGUAUCUUUCAGUUGCAUCCUGUCCCACCAAAUAAAGAACUCAGUAGUCAUGUCAAGCCAGAAUAUCGUCCUGUUGUUGGAGUUCAAGUGGAAAUAUACUUUCCAGACCCAGAAUCUGGGAAAGGAAAUCUGAGCGAUCCAGAACUUGACACGUCAGUGACGGUAGAUUCUCUCGCAUCAAAGGAACGUUCCCCAAGAAGAGCGAACAGCCUUGACCGCGGAAGACACACUCCACGUUGGAGGAAGGAGGAGCAACAGCGACUGGAAUAUUCUCCACCACAGCGACUCGCGAAGCAAAAGGACACUGUACCGAGUAAUGCUCAAGAGGAACAGCGUGUACAAGACUCCACAGUCACUGAUGCAGUCCCUGAAACGUCAGUUUUAGUGACAGAAGUUGAAAGAGACGAACAGAUUCACCACUAUUGCUUCACAUUAGACCUCCGUAGCAUCUACUUGUAUCCACCGUGUCCUGAAAUUCAGAGUUACGUCAGGUACCACUAUCCAUUCUUUGGGACUUCGUCACCCUUUGAAUCCGAGAUGUGGACGGAUUUGCGAAGAAAUGCUCAAGUAACUAUAAAGGGCGGGUACUGUACGUUCAACUUUGCCUCAACGCUUGCUAUGGUGGAAGAUGCCUUCAAGGAGUUGCCCUUAUGUGUAGAGGUCGUCUGCCAAGACAGGGGAAAGGAAUGCUUGUUUGGAACAGCUGACAUACAUCUAGAAGCUAUCUUCUCCUGCCCUACAACUUCAUUUGUGAGCGAAGGUGGCAAGGUCGGAUAUCGAAAAAUUCUGACAUCAAAGGUUCCUAUAUCGAUUUCUGGAGGAACGAUUGCCGGUGAACUGCAAGCUGUGAUCAGCUUGGACGAUCUAGGCGUCACAACACUUCCCGCCGGAGCAUCCAUUGGGGACGUUGGAAAAAUGCCUUCAAAGCAAACAACUCCAACCAAAAAGAACUCGAAAAUAGCGACCGAAGAGGAAGUUACAGCGAUGCUCACGGAACUGGAAGUUUGGAAACAACAACAAGAGAUAUUAUUUCGAAAGCAGUUAAAAGAAAAAGAAGAUGCCCACUUGAAAGCUUUGACAGAAGAGUGGAAACAACAUGACAUGGAGCGUGAGCACAUAAUGAAGAGAAAGUUGAAAGAAUAUCAGAACCUAGAUGAGAGGCUCAAAGCAGCACUGGAGGAUGUUGAGAAGCGGGAACAGAGCCUGAUGAAGCAAGAGGCUGAGAUAGCAAAGCAGAAGUCAGAGUUCCAGUUUCUGAAGACGCGGGUACAGCGCGAAACGAAGGAGGCCAUUAGUCGAUCUCUCAACGAAUACGAACACUUGCUCGAACUGGAGAGGAAGAAAAGUUCAAGUCUAGAGAAAGAGAACGCGAAAUUAAUGGCGCAGGUGUGCGGCCUUGACCGGCAAAUCAAGGAAAAGGAAAAGGCGCUCGAGGCAAUGAAAAAUAGUCAGAGGACAUCGCUCUCGAAUGACAUGAAGAUGAAGACAGAUUACGAUAAGCUCUUUACAGAAAAGAUUCAGCUUUCAAAAGAACUUCACGGGGCUUAUGAGCAACAACAGCACUACAAAGAAAAGUGGUGCUCUGUAACACAGGAACUUCAAGAGUGCAAAAAAAAGCUAGAAGGAUUUCAACGUGAAACCUUGAGGACCCAGAUGGACGAAGUGGAGGCCCUGUAUCAGAGAUCAAGGGCAAGGUUCGGACAGAGGUUGACUUCCGAAGGGGGAGAUGCAGCGCAAGACAAGAUACCACCACAAGUCCAGACGACAAAAAGUGGUAGCACAACAACAGAGCAGAGAAGUUCACCAUCAGAUUUGGGUGUGGAUGAUCGCACCGCCAAGUGGACGGGUGGAGCGUGGAAUCAACACAUCAGGCGUCUCAUUGGAGAACGCGACACUUUGCUCAAGACAGGAGUUUACAAGAGUGGGGACAGGAUUAUUCUCGAGCUAAACAGACACAUUACGGAGGCCCUUGCGAGGGAAAAUAAGUGAUCAUUGUGAAGCUGACCCAACAAGGCCAAUUUGUAUCCCUUGGGCUUUUCCCAUGCUCAGCUCAUGUUCACGUCUCAGCCGAUGUUCAGCCGAUGUUCAUGUCUCAUGACACAAGAAGCAUUGCCACGGCCAGUGUUAUUGUUAAGGGACAUAUUACUGUCACAAAACUUUUCCAUGCUAGAAUUAUGCCCUUAUUGUGCAGCAGCGAAGCUCUGGCUGGUCACAGGACAUCUGUGUUGUAAUACAUCAUAAAAGAGGUCCACAGCACAAGAAUGGACUGGGUCCCCGCUAAGUUGAACUUGACUCACAACAUCAAGAAGGUAUCCAAGGAGAGCAAAAGUACUAGAACACUGUUACCAACUCUAUCCCUGUCAGGGAUUACAGAGAGCCUAUAAUGUAACAAUCACAAGAAAUUUUGGGUUUCGUAAUGUGGAACGUUAUCACCUGUAAUGGUGCCAAUAUGCAAUCAUUUUAUGGGCAUAAAAUUUUGUACAGUUUAUGGGUGCCGUUAUCAUCGCUUUUAAGCAGACAUCACAAAAUUCAUCAUUCAUCACGUCGAAGAUAACCAUUUUUCACUCAUGCAAUCUCAUUUAUAUUUAUUAAGACUAUAUAAGAUGGUUGAAAAUGAUCUGUGGUUUUAUCGUUAAUAAAUUGUAGUGUUAGUUUUGUAUGCAGUUCUAGCAUUUUCUUGACCCCCCCCCCCAAAAAAAAAAAAAAGAAGAAAGGUUGAAAGAGACAUAGGUGGCAGUGACUGUUGUAAUUUUGUCAAUUCUGAGUUAGUUUUUGUAGUAAAGUUUAGAUACAGUACUAAUUGGGUACUGCAUUAUUAAAUUACUGCAAAUCUAGUCUCCUCAUAAGAUCAUAUCCAAUAAGAACAAACAUGUGGGACCUUUUUGGACAGCAGCCGACUGGACUCAGAACUUGUCUUUUGUAACUCUUGCUUUUCUGCAGCCAAAUGUGUCUUCCAUGCAAUGAGAUUAUAUUUCACUUGUUAAGAAUUGCCUGAAUGAUUACAGUUGUCCUUUUUCUUCUUUCUUUUAAAGGCACAGACAACGUACACAAUAAUGAAUGCUUAUGCAAAAGUUGAUUUGCUGUUCAAGGUCUAUUUUUAUAUGACAAAUUGGGUAUAAAUAAAGAACUCUCAAUGCA